UCUUUUUUCUACACAUGAGUUUAAGUCGAUGCCGAGUUAACCAGGCUUGAUCUGAAUGUUCCAUAGUCAUAAACAGAGACCAACUCAGCUGGACAAUUCCCGUGGGUCCCUGUCAUGAUCAGGCGCCCUUCAAAACCAGGGUCUCUUUGGUCUUUGGCCUCUGUUCUGUUCUUCUGGUGGUCACGUCACGUCACGUCACGAAACAGCCUCCACUCUCUAGCGCAGGCUACUCCACUCAUAUCGAGAGCUAAGCUCCAAGUUAGUAAAUAUUCGGGGUAAACUUGACGCCUCAAAGUCAAUCAUCUUGUUCCUGAGCAUCUACCGCAACCGUAAACUCGUGACUCGAGGCUGCAAAGCCAUGGACGAGUUGCUGUGCAAUAAAUCAACAAUUUUGGCCUGUUAACUUUGCUAGCUAGGAACGGAAAAUUACAUGUUCAAGGUACAAGUGCAACGUCGUAAUGUGUUGAUAGAGUCGCGUGUUUUGUUUUGCUGUCGGUGAAACGGUCGGGUACGUCCAUUCUCCAUCCUCCGUGCAUGAGACGAGAUGAUGUGGUUGUUUCUCGGAGCCUCUUUUCUCUUCUUG